AGGAACGAAAGCAAGAAACGUAAGCAUGUUAAGUUAUUCACGAAAGCCUUUGUUGACGACUGUGAGAUCUGCCUAUCACAAGAACUAAUGCGUAUAACGCAAGCAAACGAAGAGCAUAUAAAAAAUUAUAAUCGGCUUAGUAGAGAACUUGAACAAAUCAAGAGAAAGACACGGGAGGUAUAUUUAACGUUCCAAGAGAGUGUUGAACAGUUUCUUGAAGAAACUACGGAGGAUGUUUACCAGUAUAUACACAGUAGAGAGUUCAAAUCACUUGUUCUUGACGGAAUUGAAAAAUAUAGCCGUUUUACGAUUGGGAAAGAACUUGACGCUCGAAUAGAGAAGGUUACUUUUUAUCGGCAACAGGAAAAGAUUGUGGCGUUUGAAAAGAAUACAUUGCAAAAUAUUGCAGAAAAUAUCGUCAAAAUACAACAGUCUUUGCACAAUAUAGUGGACAAAAUGACAGGCCUAAAGUCUCCAUUUGAUGUUGAAGACAAACUUGGUUCUGUACUCGUCUCGUUGAUGGCUCCUAGUAGUACAGCUAUUGCCGGAGGUCUGGCCAUGAUGUAUAUGUCUGCGAGCCCUAAGGCUGCACAAGCCGUGGCUGCUGCCGGAGUAGUGACUGGACUUGUUUUUACUGGCUUAAUUGCAUUGGAUGUUUUUGACGAUUAUGAAACCGUUAUAAAAAAUGCUUAUCAGGCAAGAAUUGACAAAGUGACUACGACGAGAAUAAGGCAAUCAUUGAAAACAGACUUUACAGACAAAUUCAUAAAGGUCAUCAAGAAUGUUCUUGAGGAGGAUUUCAAACGGGAUUUCAAUCCUCCUUCAGCGACUGUUAAUUCCCUGAAACGCGAGAUAAAUUCAUAUACAAAGGCAGAGAAAGGGUUGCUUUCUAUGAGGUUGGCAAUUUCAAAAAUUCGAAGUAGGUUGGAAGAAAUCAAAAGAUUAGAGAUAAAUUUUGAAUGA